GAGAGAGAGAGAGAAGGAGAGAGAGAGAGAGAGAGAGAGAGAGAGAGAGAGAGAGAGAGAGAGAGAGAGAGAGAGAGAGAGAGAGAGAGAGAGAGAGAGAGAGAGAGAAGGAGAGAGAGAUAGAAGGAGAGAGAGAUAGAAGGAGAGAGAGAUAGAAGGAGAGCGAGAGAGAGAGAGAGAAAUAUAUAGAGAGAAAGAGAGAGGGAGAAGGAAAGAGAUAUAUACAGAAAGAGACAGAGAGAGAGAGAGAGAGAGAUUAUUAUUUACUCUAUAACACCAUAAUUAUUCUAAUGAUGCCAGCCUGUACCUGGUGCAUAGCAUCUCUGACUUUAAUCAGUCUGCUUCUCUUCAUCUCUGUGUGUAUCAAUCUCACCUGCUUUCUGAGAAACAGGAACAACAGACACAAAGCAGACAAAGAGGAGUUUCUCUACCAACAGCAUUAUCCAAGAGAGAGUCUUAGUAGAUUGGAGGAGGAAGAGGAGGAAGAGGAGGAUCAGCAGCAGGAGAAUCCCAUCUACGGAAACAUCACUACAGACUUGUGCUAUGAACCCAUGACCAAGCAACGUUCCAGAGACGACAGAAAGCCUGCGCCCCAGCACCACCAACCCGACCUGAACUACGCUUCUCUGGACCUGAACGUGGGACAGAUACCCAAGAAGAGGAAGCGUCGCUACCAGCAGGCCCAGGCCCAGGCCCAGACCCUCCCCGAGACCCAGAUGGAUGGGGAUUUCCUGGAAAUAGAUGCGGAGAUGGAGGCCUCCCUCCCCUCACGGAGUAGCAGCCCUCUGGCUUCCAGAAACAGCAUCUACCUCAAUAGUCUACAGAUGGCACUAGAGACAGAGGAGAGGGAAUAAGAGAGAGUCAAGGAGACGGGGAGGGAGAUGGAGGGAGAUGGAGGAGGAUAGAGAGAGGGAUGGAGACAGGAAGUGAGGAGAGAGGCAGAAAGAUACAGUAGGUUGUGAUGGAGGGAUGGAGACAGGAAGUGAGGAGAGAGGCAGAAAGAUACAGUAGG